GCCUCCUCCAGUGGCCGCAGCUCUCCUCCUCCUCCUCGCCGCUGUAGGAGCGUUUGUUGAGCUGUGGAGGCUUUGUACAUCCUGUUUCCCCACCUGUGCCACGGACGGCGCUGAUGGAGCACACCCUGCGAUACAUGGAAUAAUUGGUCUUGUAUCAGCCUAUUUUUUUUUUCUUGUCAACAGGAUUUGCUUUUUUUUUUUUUUUUUUUUCUUCCUUUUUUUUUUUUUUUCUUUGGCAUUAUCUGGCAUCUAAAGUUGUGAUGAUGCCUCCGCUCUGCGUUUGGGAUUUGUAUUAACCGUCCGUGCGAGGGUGAUAUCAUUCGCAUGUGAUUGAAGAAUACUGGCUCUUGGAAGUGGACAAAACAUGGACUAAUUUUUAUACAUUCACCAUGGGAUUAUUACAGCUAUUUCUGGUUCUCGGCAUAUUUUGCGCCUCCCCAGUUGUAGGUUUUGGGGUCGACCCUGCCCUGCGCAUCAACGUGUUUGAUGAACUAACACUUGGACAAAGCUUGGAUGGAGUUACUCAAGUCCAGGGUUUCCACAGCGAGUCGAGAGCUUUCCAUUUCCAAGGGUCCUCCAGGGAAGUGAAGGCUCCUACUGAAGUCUCAGCACAAAUGGUCCAGAAGCUGAGAGGAAAGAAUGAAUUCACUGUGCUGGUGACGCUCAAACAGGAUCACCUCAACUCUGGAGUCAUUCUCUCCAUUCACCAUUCUGAGCAAAGGUACCUGGAGCUGGAGAGCAGUGGCCAGCGCAGUGAGGUGCGUCUUCACUAUCGUACCAAAGGCCAGCAGCCUCAUACCGAGGUGUUCCCUUAUAGCCUGGCUGAUGACCAGUGGCACAAAGUUUCUAUUGCUGUCAGUGCCUCUCAUGUCAUACUACAUGUCGACUGCAACAGGAUCUAUGAGAGAGUUGUGGAAGCUCCAUAUAUGGACAUACCUGAGGAUGCCUCAUUCUGGCUUGGUCAAAGAAACGCUGCCCAUGGCUUCUUCAAGGGAGUGAUGCAGGACGUGGAGAUUCUGGUGAUGCCACAGGGUUACAUCUCACAGUGUCCAGAUCUGAACAGAACAUGCCCAACCUGCAAUGAUUUCCAUGGGCUUGUGCAGAAAAUCAUGGAGCUGCAAGACAUCCUCGCUAAAACAUCCAGCAAGCUGUCCAGGGCGGAGGAGAAGAUGAAUGGGCUCGAUGGCUGCUAUUGUGAGAGAACCUGCAGCGUCAAGGGGGUCGUCUACAGGGAAGACGAGGGCUGGACAGAUGGCUGCAGGAACUGCACAUGCACGAAUGGCACAGUGCAAUGUGAGGCUAUCUCCUGCCCUCCCCCUCAAUGCCCGGCGGGCACAGCGCCUGCCUACGUAAAGGGUGCCUGCUGUAAGGAGUGCCAACCCGUCUGCCUGUUUGGUGGUAGAGAGCUUGUGGAGGGGGAUCAGAAGGCUGUACGUGACUCCUCUGGCAGGUGCCUGCUGUUUGAAUGCAGGGACAGGACCAUGCAUCGAGUAGUCCCCAGUGAGCCUUGUCCAGAACUCAACUGUCCAGAGUCGGAGCAGAUCACCCUGAGUGACAGGUGCUGCAAGGUCUGCAGAGGUCAUGACUUCUGCUCGGAGGGCCACGGAUGUGUGGAGCACUCCGACUGUGUGAACCUCGAGGCGGGAGACUGCUGUGUUUGUAAAGAUGGCUUCCGCCCACUGCGAGACGAUAAUGCCUACUGUGAAGAUAUCGAUGAGUGCGCUGAAGGGAAGCACUACUGCAGGGAGAAUACCAUGUGUGUUAACACUCCUGGCUCCUUCAUGUGCAUCUGCCAUACGGGCUACAUCAGGAUCGAUGACUACUCCUGCACAGAGCAUGAUGAGUGUCUCAGUGGACUCCACAAUUGCGAUGAGAACGCCUUGUGCUUCAACAUGGUUGGCGGGCACAGCUGCUCAUGUAAACCGGGGUACACUGGGAACGGGACCGUCUGCAAGGCUAUGUGUGACGGAUUGUGCCAAAAUGGAGGAACCUGUGUCUCACCCAACAACUGCAUUUGUCAGCAAGGAUUUACUGGGAAAAGAUGUGAGACAGACAUUGAUGAGUGUGCGGAUGGCUUUGUCGAGUGUGAUAGUAAAUCCACUUGUGUCAACUUGCCCGGCUGGUACCACUGCGAGUGCCGUGAUGGAUACCAUGACAACGGCUUGUUUUCCGCCAACGGGGAAUCGUGUGUUGAUAUUAAUGAAUGCAAGACAGGGAGGAACACCUGUGCAAACGACACCGUGUGCUUCAACCUGGAGGGAGGCUACGACUGUCGAUGCCCCCACGGACACAACUGCACUGGCGACUGUAUCCAUGACAACAAGGUCAAGCACAGUGGCCAGAUAUGGGUGCUGGACAGCGAUAGGUGCUCGGUGUGCUCCUGCCAGGCUGGCCAAGUGAUGUGUCGCAGGAUGGUGUGUGAUUGCGACAACCCCAAUGCUGACCUGUUCUGCUGCCCAGAAUGCGAUCCUCGACUGAGCAGCCAGUGUCUGCACCAGAACGGCCUGCUCACCUACGGCAGCGGCGACACAUGGGUGGAGAACUGCCAGCAGUGCCAGUGCCUGCAGGGGCAGGUGGACUGCUGGCCUCUGCCGUGCCCGCCCGUGGACUGUGAGUUUACCGUGGUGCCUGAGGGCGAGUGCUGUCCCCGCUGUGUCACCGACCCCUGCCAGGCCGACACCAUCCGCAACGACAUCACCAAGACGUGCACAGACGAGCACAACAUCUCACGCUUCAGUGGCUCCUCCUGGAUUAAACAUGGCACCGAGUGCACUCUGUGCCAGUGCAAGAAUGGACACAUCUGUUGCUCAGUGGACCCCAUGUGCCUUUAGUCCUGGCAGAUCUGAAGGCACCUGUACAGUGUUCUCCAUGUAAAAAAAAAAAAAAAAAAAAAAAAAAAAGAUAAUGCCACUCUUUUGUCUCUUCACUCUCCUCCUUUCAGACAUGGGUCAAAUCGUGUUUGCACUGUCGGGAUUAUUUUGUUGUAGCCUGAUGAACCAGAUGAGUGGGGUUACUAAUCAGGAUCAUUCAUGUAAUGUCACAGUUACAGUCGAACAUACUGUACUUAUUCUGAUUAUUUACUGUUUCUGUCUUCUACAUGGUAAACCCCACACAUCUGCUCUGGUAUCCCCCUUGCACGAAAGAUUGUUUUGCAAAUACUCUAUGACCCAUAUCUGCCUCCUCAAAUCUUUAUACCAAAUGCAAACCUGUGUCAUACCAAACACAAACAGAUGAUGGACUACAGUUUCCUCAAAAAACCCACUCUUUGUUCUCUCUCCAGUUAGAGUGACCCUUUAAGGAUCACCGUUUCCCUACUCCAAAUCAUCGCUACAUCAAUCUGUAAGAUAUUAUUACUAUUACUGGCAUGACUGUGCUUGAUGUCCAUUUCUGCUGAUUUCUAAAUUCUAAAUGAAACCCUAGAUAGAGUAAAGACAGUUAGCAUAAGGUUCCGUUGCCACAUUUAUGAGUCGUCUAUAUUAUGUGGUGCUUUGUAGCAUUUUGUUCCAUUUCUCUUUUUGUAAUUUUUUUUCACAAGCUUGUUAUUGUGUAAUAGUGAAAUAAAGUAUUUCCAUUUACAUUUAA